AUGUUUCGUAUCCUGAACUUACAAAGAACACCUAAAAAGCCAGCCGGUCGAAAAGCAGUGUCAGCGAGCAAGCGCGCCGCUGAAGAAGUGCUCGCUCGGCACCACUGGCCUUGGGGGGCCGAGCUACAGGACCGAGCAGGGACCGCCGGGGGAGCCAAGCUGGAGCCGAGCGAGGCGCUGGAGUGGGCGGGCCCGGAGGCUGGGCCUGCGCCGGGGCUGGGGCUGGGGCUGGGGUCGCGGCCGCGCCCGGGGCUCGGCCUGUCGCCGGCGCUGCUCACCCCCAGCACCGCCACUACGCUCUCCGUGGUGCGCAUCGCGCUCUCCUACGGCGCGGGCUUCGGCUUCGUCUUCAUGCUGCACUCGGCCGUCAUGAUCCACCGCCCGGACAUCGUCGACGGGCCGAACCGCGUCAGGGACACGCCCAUCAGUGAAAUGCGCGCAGAGUACGACUUCGUCAUUGUCGGUGGAGGUUCCGCAGGGUGCGUGCUGGCGAACCGGCUGAGCGAGGAGGGCAACUGGAGCGUGCUGCUGCUGGAGGCGGGCGGCGACGAGACCGUGCUCUCCGACCUGCCGCUGCUCUUCCCGUCGCUGCAGCUCACGCCACUCGACUGGCAGUUCAAGACGGAGCCCUCUGACAGCUACUGCCUCGCCAUGAACGGCCAGCGCUGCAACUGGCCGCGCGGACGCGCGCUCGGCGGCUCCAGCACCAUCAACGCGAUGCUGUACGUGCGCGGCAACCGCCGCGACUACGACCAAUGGGCGGAGCUGGGCAACCCGGGCUGGAGCUACGAAGAGGUGCUGCCCUACUUCAAGAAGUCUGAGGACAUGACGAUAGCGGAGUUCUAUGACCCCAGGUUCCACGCGAGGGGAGGCCCGCUCACAGUGGAGGAGUACGGCUACCACUCGCAGUUGACCGAGACGUUCAUGGAGGCUGUGCGCGAGCUGGGCUACCCGAUCGGAGACUUCAACGGCGCCCGCCAGUCCGUCUUCAUGCGGUCGCACGGCACGCUGCGCAACGGCCUCCGCUGCUCCACCGCCAAGGCCUUCCUCCGCCCCGCCGCCCGCCGCCCCAACCUGCAGGUACCAACCCGCGCUACGGCUCCGGUGGACUAG